CGUASGACUGGUCAAGCUGUGACGCAUGGCCGUUCCCCUUCUAUACGGCCACGGGAGCUCCGUCUGAACCCGCUGAAUUUGUGCUACCAGUUUUCUUGUUGUUGUUGUUCGAAGCUGCGACAGUAGGAACGGGUGCACUGGGAUCACUUAGUUGUUCGAUGUGGCGGUCCAUUGCCGAUUUUCGCGCCAAAUAUUCGGCGAAGUUCGCGUCGGCAUUCGAUUGUGUUUUGUUCUUGGCCUCCGAGCUGUGGUCAUUGCCAUUGGCAUUCGAAAGAGUCAAUAGGCCAUUGCUGUUGCUUUUACUCGUCGUGCUGGUGCUCGUWGGAACUGUCGCUGUCGGCGCUGGUUCCGGGUGCACCGCCGCAGUAGAAGUAGGUGCCRAAGACAUUGGAGGUGGAUAUUGCGGCCCGACUGGAGMGAAUGGGGUAGUCGGGGGUGCUAURCUGGGCGCCAMUUGCUGUCCCGCUGCCAUGUCAGCUCCCAGGGCUUGCUGCUGCUGCAAUUGUGUCGCCUGUGCUUGAAUUGCCGCCGCCGCGGCGACUUGUGCGGUUAGCAUCGCGUUCAUAGCCGGAUUUUGCAUGGCGGCUGCUGCCAGGGUUGGAUUCAUUUGCUGGAGGGCGUUCAUAGUGACGAAUUGGUUCAUUGCCGCAAAGGCAUAGGGAUUCGUUGUGGCAGAUGCCGCUGYCGCCCCAUUCAUUUGCAUACCAAAGUUAGGUAUGCCAACGAUUGGAGUCACAACCCCCGGCAUGGUUGGCAUAAAYUGAUUAAUUGCCAUCAUGUUGAUUGGCUGUUGGUGUUGUUGUUGCUGUUGGUGCGGAACCGGGGCGGUCACAGCCUGUUGCUGAUGCUGCUGAUUCGCAAACGACGAUAAGGCGGCCCUCUUAGCGGCAGCUGCCGCRGCAGCUUGCGCCGCUGCAGGCGUUCGGGGAUUGCUCUGCCCCUUGAUCUUGACACGAGUCCUGGAAUCGAAUCAAGAUAGGAAGGAAACAUAGAUAUUAAUUCGGAAACAAGUCAGUGCUAGAAAAGCACAACUUCCCUUCGGAAUGCAAACAACAUCGAACGAAAGCGAARGAGAACAGAAAGGACAGAACAAAGCGAGAACUCACAUGCUGUGGCACAACUCCGGAUGUCCCUUGACAAAGUAUUGGUGGUAGCAGGCCCCCCGGUCCGGCCCCUUGGCCACGCUCUCAAAUCCCCACAAGUUCAGGCUGCGUUGAAAGGUCUUGUAUUUCUGGCUGGCGAAAUAUCCCGGCAUGAUCUCCUCGCAAAAGAGUUCUUUGUUGUGCACCUUGAAGCCGUUUCCCCCUGGAAGCCACGAGAUAAUGUCCGUUUUGCCGUUUUUUUCUGCCAGGUGGAGCAUCUCGUGGAGUUUCCAGGGAAACUGUAGGAGCUGGCCGCCCCCUCCCCCCGUCCGAAGCGUCCCCGGGUCGGUUCCCACCACCGAGGCCGAGGAGGUGCCGUUCGGAGCCGCAUGGCUCGGAACGYGGUUCACCGUCGUGGCUGCCGCAGCUGCGGCUGCGGGCACCUUGGGGCGGGUGUUCAUCGGGAUUAGCUUGGGCUGCAUCUUUUGCUGGAGUUGCGCCUGCAUGGUGUGUAAUUGCUGCUGCAUAUUGUGCAUUUGCUGCUGUUGCUGCAUGUUGAUCACCAUWGGYGGUGGUGGCUGGGAGACUCCUGCGGCAUUCACAGGUGCUGGAGGAGCGAUCGGCUGGGGAGCGAGGGCAGGCAUCUGGACGACGGUCGCGUUCGCUGUCGACUGCCCCCCGUUGUUCUGGAGCGCCGGUGCGGGUGCCGGUCCGGGCUGCUUCACAUACUUUAUCGCCCCCAUUGCCGGGUCACCUCUCGACAUGAGGGGAGCCAAGACUGCUCCGGAAUUUUCGUUCGUUCCAAAAUUCGUUUGGGACGUCAUGAUGAUAUGGUUGUUGGAUUGGUUUGAUCGGCCCACCAAUAUCUAGAUCGAUCGAAUCGAAUCGAAUCGAAUCGAAUCGAAUGCCAAUCGGAGAGCUGGGUACUUCUGAAUAGACAGCGAGCUUUUGA